GAAUAUCAGUAACUUUUUGUAGCAUAGUGAUUAAAUGUGAUCCAUUUUAAAAACAUUAUAAUAUAAAUUGUUAUAAAAUAUAUAUAUAAAAGUCAAAUUUUGAUUAGUAAUUCCAUUACAUUGAUAAAUGAGAGAUAAUUUUUUGCAUAUACUUUCAUGUUGGUUAUUUGGAUGGAACUAAAAAUGUAUUAUAGAUAUAUAAACUCAGCAUGAAGGGUUUUAUGGUUACUAUGGAGAUUAGUAGGUACAACAUAUGUUAAAAUAGAAUAUUUAAAACUAGACAUGUGAUACAAGAAAUGGUAAUAAUACUCUGUAAUGUCUGAUAAUGAAGAUGACGUGCAAGGUAAAACAAUAAAAAUUACCCUUGUUGGUGAUCCUGGGACUGGUAAAACAAGCCUAUGCAAUAGAUAUCUUGGUGGUACUGGUACUACUAGCAGCACUCAUGGAGCAGAGGUGACGGCAGGGCAGUGCCUAGGCCUUCGCCCUCCUAUCCCAUUACAACUGUGUGACGUUGCGGGGAAUGCUUUAAAUACACCUAUGCUUACUAAUUACCUUUAUGCUUCAGAUAUAAUAAUAUUUGUUUAUGAUUUAACCAAUUUACAAAGUUUUGAGAACUUGGACAAAUGGAUUACAUCUGUUAAUGAGAUUAACAAAGACGAAGUUAAGAAACCAUUGAUGGCUCUUUUCGGUAACAAAUCAGAUUUAGAGCACCAGAGGGCAGUGAGAUUGUCCAGUGUACAGAAGUUUUCUUCCCAACAUUUGCUUGACCAUUUCAAGGGUUCCUCUAGGACUGGAGAAAUGGUAAACGAUGCGUUUACGACUGUUGUGGCUCGUGUCCAAGGCACAAAAGCCAGGUUGAUAUUGGCGCCAGAUAGAAAAUCCCCGUUUAUAUACGAAAGUCCAAAGCCCAACGAUCAAGCUGGCUUCCCUCUCAUAAUGAACAGAAAAGCAUUGCGGAAACAUCAAAGGAAGGAGUCUUCUGUCUGCGUAUUGCAAUAAUAAAAACUAAUACAUA